CAAGCUUACACCACCACGACCUCGGCCAUCCGAUGUCACCCACCACCAUCAAGGUAACGUUCACCGGGCUCAGCUGGGACGAGAACCCCAUCAAGGCCAGCCGCGAGCUCCCGCUCAAGAUCACCUACGUGACCAUGGAGCGCAAGUUUGACACGGACGAGAUGCGCGGCUGGGGCAUCGCAGCGUACAUCAUGACGUACCACGCCACAAACCCCAAGGAGGCGACGUUUGAAGGCGAGCAGGUGUUCGAGGGCACGCUCCUUGGCAAGACGGGCUCGUUCGCCGCGUCGAGCACGGGCGUGUACGCCAACGGCGUCGCCAAGUCCAAUUGGACCAUCAUCCCCGACACUGCGACCGGCGAACUCAAGGGUAUUCGCGGCCACGGCGGAUACGAGACGGGCCACGCGGACCCCACUGCGCCGAUCCCGUGCGAGCUUCACGUCGAGUUCGAGUGACCGUCGGCGUCGGUUGGCGUCGGCGUCGCCCGACGUUGCUUCCUCACCACCUCGGCCUUCUCGUGUCCCACUUCGGCCUUCCCUCUUCCCAGUCAUGUGCUAUCAUUAGCCACCCGUGAUGAAUUCCUCGUUGUCGUCGU